GGGGUAACGUAAAUAAAAAGUAAACAACAAAAUGAGUUUUCCCCAAAAGUGCCGUUUUGUGCGAUUAUUAAUUCACGUAUCUCAGUGCGCCAAAAGACUGCAUUCCACGGGAUCAAGGGCCAGCAGAAUGAAAUACUUGAAUCAACAAGAAGCGAUCAGUAUCGACGAGGAGCUGUUCAACGAGUACAAGUUCAGCGUAGAUCAGCUGAUGGAAUUGGCCGGCUUAAGCUGCGCUCAUGUUAUCGCCGAUGCUUAUGCACCGGAAAGUUUGAAAAGCAACAAAAUUCUGAUAUGUUGCGGUCCUGGCAAUAAUGGAGGUGACGGACUGGUGGCCGCCAGACAUCUAGCGCUUAUGAACUAUAAUCCAUACGUAUACUACCCGAAAAGGACGGAGAAGGAACUUUUUAGAAACUUGCAACAUCAGGCAGAAUCGAUGGGAAUCACCGUUACCACCGACUGUCCCGACGGUGCAUCGGUGGAACAAGAGUUCGGCUUGAUCGUGGAUGCCCUUUUCGGGUUUAGCUUCAAACCUCCGGUACGUGAUUCCUUUCUUCCGAUAAUGAACGUAUUGCAACGGUCGAAGCUUCCUAUCGUCAGCAUCGAUAUUCCGAGUGGUUGGAACGUAGAAGAAGGGCCCCAAAACGAAUGUGAUAUUCAGCCUGCCUGCCUGAUAUCCCUUACAGCGCCAAAGCUUUGUGCAAAACGACUACUUAAUGCGCAGCACUACCUUGGUGGUCGCUUUGUUCCAAAGAGGUUGGAGGAGAAGUACUCUCUCGAGCUACCGACCUAUUUGGGCAGUAAUCUUUUCGUUAAACUUAACUGAGACCAUGCAGGAGGAUCGGAUGUUUUGGGAACGGUAAUAUUUAUUAUAAAAUAAAUAUCAUUUAACAUUCUUAAAAAGGGUA